ACACAUGUGCUGACAACAUCCACUGAAAAAAUAACUCUUAAAACACAUUUCUACAUGAUUUUGCAUCAAUUUAAUGCAAAAUAAUUAGGCGUUUUCUCACUUUUUUCCAAUAUUUUCACCUUUACUUCAUUGGCAAUCAACUAUUCCCCCAAGUUAUGACAUCAGUCAAUAUGUCAUUCUUUUCACCAAACAGUAUACUCAUUCCACAGAAAAAAUCAUAAAAAUCCAACCAAAAUCAAUGGAUCUGUGAUGAUUUCACUAAUAGUUCAUCAGCAGGCUCAGAACCUCAAUAGAAUUGAAUGCUACUCUCAAAAUUCCAAAAGACAUGCUGGAUAUUUAACAUCAUGGCACACUUACGCACACACACAUGAUCUAAGUAAUUUGAAUGAGUUUGUUUGGAACAACCAACCAACGGUAACCAACGGUUACCAACUGACUUCGAAGCUGCUCAUCGUUGUCUGUGAUUUGGUUCUGAUCUUAUUGGGUUUGCUGUGGAGGAAAAGUUAGCGAGAAGAGAAGGCAGCAGAGGAUUGGAAAGGACAGUAAAGAGGAGUGGAGUGGAGAGGAGAGUGGAGGAUUGAACAGAAGAUAGGAAUGAGGAGAAAAGAGUGAAGAGGACAGGGGUGGACUGAACAAGAGAGAAGAAUAGUGGAGGAAAAAUGAGGAGUUAAUUGACCAGGAAAGAAGAGUGAAGUGGAGAGGAGAGGUAUGGAGAGGAGUUGAUUGAAUCGGAGAGAAGAAGAGGGAAGAGGAGAAUAGUGGAGAGGAGUAGAAGAGGAGAAGAGUGGAGAGGAUAGGAGAGGAGAGAAGAGUGGAGAGAGGCGGAGUGGAUUGGAGAGGAGAAUAGAGAGUGAAGAGUACAGGAGUGGAUUGAACAAGAGUGGAGAGGAGUGGAUUAAAUAGGAGAGAAUAGGAGUAGAGAGGGGAGAAGAGUGAAAAGGAGAGGAUUAAACAAAAGAGAAGCGUGGAGGAGAAAGGAGAGGAGGAGAGGGGAGAGGAGUGACGAGGAGAUAACAGGAGAGGAGUGAUGUGAAUUGGAGACGAAUAAAGGAUGGAGCCUGAGUUCUCAACCAAGCAGCUGGAGAGAAAGCUGCUCAGUACCAACUAUACUGCUUGCAUAAUAUGUCAGAAAACAGACAGUGACGCUGGUCCUCUUCAGAAACUGACAAAUCACGGCUACCCUUCCCUCCUAUAUGCUGUAACCAACAGAAAGGAUGAUGUCUCAUACAGACUUGACAAUCAGCUGAAAGCUCAAUGUGACUUUCUGGGGAGGAAUCCUUUGUGGCACACACAAUGUCGUGCGAAGUACACAAAUCGUAAAACUGUUGACCAGAAGAGGAAAAAAGUUGAAAAGCCAGAAGGCACUUCAUUUGAAGCAGAACUUAAUCCUGAGCCAGACAACAGCAGGCCUUAUAAAAAAACAAGGAUGUCAAUGCCACAGCCCAUCAAAAACAAGGAAAAGUGCUUCAUUUGUGGAAGAGCACGCACGACCAGGGGGAAUAGAUCCCUCAUUUUGAUCGCCACUUAUGACAGACAGAAUGCAGUAUGGGAAAAAGCAAACAAACUUGAAGAUGAAGAGAUACUACACAAGAUUCGUGGUCCUGAUGGAAACAGGUGUACUGAUAUGAUUGCUGAAGACUUCCGAUACCACAAGGAAUGCAUGACCAACUACCUGACAAAGCGUCUUCGUUCACAGGAAAAGACUACUACUGCCACCACUCCAUAUGAUGCUGCACUCAACCAACUCAUAUCUUGGAUAGAUGAGCCCCUUUUCAAAGAGAAUGCCAUAUUCUUCGUUACAGCUUUGAGGGAUGAAUUCCGUAAAUACUUGGAAAGCAAUGGAGUUCACAAUGUUACCUCAUAUAGAUGUCAAUCCUUGAUUGCCCGCCUUAGAAGGCACUAUGAAGUAGGUGGCAAUUGUAAUGGUUGUGCCACAGAAAGGAUGUUCUAG